AUCGCCGAACUUCCUUCAUACCAAUUUGCUGUGUCAUUCACGUAUAUUGUCGAUCAUCGCGAUACAGUACGUCGUUAUGGUACAACUCAGCCACCAAGCGUAGAAUACUUACCUAGAAAAUACAUUAACUAUACGGUUAAACCUGACGACACGUUGCAGGGCAUAGCUCUGAAGAAUGACUGCUCGGUAUCCUCAAUAAUUCGCGCCAACAAAUUAUGGUCAGUGGAGGCACUACACCUGAAGACGUCAAUACGGAUACCUAUAGGAAAUGAUGGCCAUAGAACCACUAGAGAAAUACGAAGUCCACGCACUGAAACACCCAAGCCUGUCGAAAAGGUGGAUGACCGUCCGCAGGAAAGUAUGAUGGAUAUUUUUAGUCGAAUUGAUGCCGCUAUAAAAACUACAUCUACAACGGUGCGCAAGCUUGAACGGGAAUCGACGUUAGAUGAAAUAGACCGAUCUCACGAUGAAUGUCGACCAAGUCGAUCAAGGAGGCAAAUUUCACUUCCAAAAAUAUUACAUAGUGAUUAUUAUAAUGAACUGUCUUAA